ACUUCCACACGUCACACGUGCAAUAUUUAUUUCCAUUUGUAUCGAAGGAUUUGCAUAUUUUUUACUGCUAAAAAAAUAUUUAAAUUGUUUGUAACUAAUUAUGGCUGACGCAGGUGGUGAAACUCUAUCAAAAAAGUAAGUUUUUGCCUGCAAGGAUGUAAGGAACCAAUAUAUAAUUCAGUCAAAUGAGAUAACCUAUAAAAUGUUGCAAUCUGUGACUUCAGUGAGGAAACAGUUUUUCUCAACAACAAUAAAACAAUUUGGAAAACAUAGAAGUGAGCUCAAAAGAAGGCUGAAAGCUGAACAGAAAGCUAAAGAAAAAGCAGAAAAAGCAGCAACUAACCCAGUUGAAUCUCUUAAACCAAAAGAAACUAAAAUAUCUCAAGCUGAGGUUAGUCCCAAUGAAUAUUUCAAACUUAGAACUAGUGCAAUUGCAAACCUCAAAGCUCUGGGUGGUGAAAACUCCCCCUACCCUCACAAAUUUCAUGUUUCAAUUUCAUUAGAAGAAUUCAUUGCAAAAUACUCGGCCUUGAAUGAUGGGGAGUCUCUUGAAAAUGAACAUCUAUCUGUUGCGGGUCGAAUACAUGCUAUUAGAGAAUCUAGUUCUAAACUGGUAUUCUAUGAUUUGAGAGGAGAGGGUACUAAAAUACAAGUAAUGGCAACGGCUCGCCAAUAUGCAGAUGAGAGUAAAUUUGUAGAAGACACAGAUAAAAUUAGAAGGGGAGACAUAAUAGGUAUUGAAGGAAUUCCAGCUAAGACAAAGAAAGGAGAACUCUCUAUAAUACCAAAAAAAAUUAAGCUACUAUCCCCCUGUCUUCACAUGUUACCUCAUCUACAUUAUGGACUUAAAGAUAAAGAAACAAGGUUCAGACAAAGGUACUUAGAUUUAAUUUUGAAUAAUCGCGUGCGUAAGAUUUUUGAAGUAAGGGCAAAAAUUAUUGCCUACGUCAGAAGGUUCCUAGAUGAGAUGGGCUUCCUUGAAAUUGAAACUCCUAUGAUGAACAUGAUUGCUGGUGGAGCCACUGCUAAACCUUUCAUCACUCAUCAUAAUGAACUCAAUAUGGAUCUGUAUAUGCGCAUAGCUCCUGAGUUAUACCAUAAAAUAUUGGUUGUUGGAGGUCUAGAUCGAGUUUAUGAAAUUGGAAGACAGUUCCGAAACGAAGGUAUAGAUUUAACUCACAAUCCUGAGUUUACUACUUGUGAGUUUUAUAUGGCUUAUGCUGACUAUAAUGACCUUAUAAGUAUUACUGAAACGAUGGUGUCUGGCAUGGUUCACAGUAUACAUGGCACUUACAAAAUAAAGUACCAUCCCGAGGGUCUCGAAGGGGAAGAAGUUGAAAUCGACUUUACCCCACCCUUCAAACGUAUUCGCAUGAUACCAGCUCUUGAAGAAGCUCUAAAAGUAAAGUUUCCCCCACCGACUGAGUUUUCUUCAGAAGAAACUAACAAGUUCCUAAGCGAUUUAUGUAUAAAGAAUAACGUGGAGUGCCCUGCACCCCGAACGACUGCAAGAUUGCUGGACAAGCUUGUGGGAGAUUUUAUUGAAGAGCAGUGCAUCAAUCCGUCUUUCAUCAUGGAACAUCCUCAAAUCAUGAGCCCUUUGGCCAAAUGGCAUAGGUCAAUCCCUGGAUUAACAGAACGUUUUGAAUUAUUUGUUAUGAAAAAAGAAGUCUGUAAUGCUUAUACGGAGUUGAAUGACCCAGUGGUUCAGAGGCAAAGGUUUGAGCAACAGGCAGCAGAUAAGGCAGCGGGAGAUGAUGAAGCACAGUUGGUCGAUGAAGAUUUCUGCAAGGCUUUGGAGUACGGGCUGCCCCCUACCGCCGGUUGGGGUAUGGGAAUUGAUAGAUUGACGAUGUUUUUAACAGAUAACAAUAAUAUAAAGGUGAGUUAUGGUAUUUGAUGUAUACUUUUGAAUUUU